AUGGUUCUGCGUUCGGACGCAUGGAUACUAUUUGAUGACGGACUUCUGUUCUUCGACGAGAACCACGACGACGUCCAAGCGCGUAGCGAAACCAGCGAUCAAUCUCACCCUUGGAGUUUAAUAAGGGUCAAGAACAACGCCUUGUCACGGAAGAUGGUUCUGACCGAUUGGAAAAGAAUUGCAACCCUACAAGGUGUGGAGAUCAUGGAGGCUCCAGCGUCCUGUGACGCUGCACCUCCGGAAGACCAAAGCCGGAUUACGGGCCUCUUGAAGACGUUACAAGGCCUGCUGGACUGGCAAGUAGAAAAAGGGCUGACUGUUCUCAAUGUUGGAAUCCCGAACUCGGCAUAUUCCAUGGCUCAAUAUCGGCGUGCCAUGAAACCCUUGGACCGUAUCUUCGGCAUAAUCCAGACCUAUGGAAUCAGCUGCAAUCCCGAUCCCGCCGGUGAUGAUAAUUCCUCGAAGCUACGAGCGCUUCAGGACGAAUUUGGAAUGAAGCUGAUUACCAAAGCUCCGGUUCUAUCUCAGCUCUUUAUUCACACCUUACACAAGGAACGCCCUUGGAGAAGCUGGCUGAUCACACAGGAUAUCAAGGCCGAUGACAUCUUCUGA